UCAGUGACGGAUAAAGUUCAGAGCAGUGCACCUCUCUAUCAGAUCACUCUUCUUCUUCUUCACUUCCAGAACAUAGACCCAGCUCAACCUGAGGGACUGGACAUGAGGCUCUGUUUCUGGGCUGGAGCUCAAUGUCUUCCGCUCAUCCUGGUUCUUCUCGCUCACAGAUCCGAGCAGCAUCAACCCAGAGAGAGACACUACUACAUCGCUGCUGUGGAGAUAGACUGGAACUACUCUGGAAAUGACUCUCACAGGUUUGGUCCCACCUAUAAGAAAGUGGUCUUUCGGGAAUAUGAGAAAGACUUCAGACAGGCAAAGACUCAUCCCUCCUGGUUAGGUCUGGUCGGACCCACCCUGCGGGCGGAGGAGGGCGAGACCAUUGUGGUCACUUUCAGAAACAUGGCGAUGGGACCGCACAGCAUCCACCCACAUGGCAUCGCUUAUGGGAAACAGUCUGAAGGAGCUCACUACUUUGACAACACCUCACAGAAAGAGAAAGAGGACGACGUCGUGCAGCCCAACAGUGAACACGUUUACUACUGGGAGGUGACGUCAGAGGUUUCUCCACAGAAGAGUGACCCCACCUGUCUCACCUACAACUACAUCUCCCACCAGAAUGUUGUUGAGGACUACAACUUGGGCCUCAUCGGUACUUUGCUCAUCUGCAAGCCCGGCAGUCUGGAUGACUCAGGGAAGCAGGUCGGCGUCCGCCAUGAAUACACGUUCCUCUUCGGGGUUUUUCAUGAGAAGGAGAGUAAAUACAAACCAAACAGCUACUCUUUGGAUAACCACAUCAAAUACACCAUCAACGGAUACACAGAGGGAUCCUUACCUGAUGUCAGUGUGUGUGCAAACACACCUGUCAGCCUGCAUCUGCUGGGUAUGAGCUCGGAGCCUGAGGUGUUCUCUGUGCACCUGAACGGACAUGUACUGCAGCAGACUGGACAUAAAGUGUCGUCAGUGGGACUGAUCAGUGGCUCCUCCACCACGGCCAGCAUGAAGGCUCUGCACACGGGCCGCUGGCUGCUCUCCUCUCACACUGCAAAGCACAUGGAGGUGGGCAUGCAUGGUUUUGUGGAUGUGAAAGAGUGUGAUGGCUUCAGAGCACCCAAUAGAAGAAUGACCAUUGAGCAGAAACGACAAAGCAAGGAGUGGAAAUACUACAUCGCUGCGGAGGAGAUCAUCUGGGACUAUGUGCCUGAAAUUCAUAAACACGUUGACGAGGACUUUAAGCUCCAGUACCUGAGACAGUCACCAACACGCAUCGGUAAGAAGUACAAGAAGGCCGUGUACACACUGUACAAAAACGAGUCAUUCACUGAAAAGCUGGAGUCACAACAGAGGAAAAACGAGCUGGGGAUAUUGGGUCCUGUCAUCAGGGCGCAAAUCAGAGAUGUCAUCAAGAUUGUGUUUAAGAACAUGGCCUCCAGGCCUUACAGCAUCUACCCGCAUGGACUGUCGAUAGAGAAGUCAGAAGAGGGCGCCAACUACCCAGCAGGAGGUAACCAGUCUCAUGGAGUUCAGCCAGGUGAGACUCACACUUAUGUAUGGAAAGUUUUGGAAGAGGAUGAGCCUCUGGAAGGAGACUCUCGAUGUCUGACACGACUGUACCACAGCGCGGUGGACACACCACGAGACAUCGCCUCAGGACUGAUCGGACCAAUCCUCAUCUGCAAGAGUCAGUCCCUCAAUGUCAGAAAUGUUCAGCUGAGAGCAGACAAGGAACAGCAUGCAAUGUUAGCUGUGUUUGAUGAGAACAAGAGCUGGUACCUGGACCACAACAUUCGACAAUAUUGUGAUCGAUCCAAAGUCAACAAGGCAGACCCCGACUUUUAUAAAUCCAAUGUCAUGCAUACAAUCAACGGUUAUAUGUUUGAGAGUGGCCCCCUCCUCGGCUUUUGCAAUGGUGAGGUUGCAACAUGGCAUGUGUCCAGCGUUGGAGCGCAGGACUACAUCCAGACGGCUACUUUUUACGGACAUCCAUUUGCGCUGAAUGAUCGGACAGAGGACUUCCUCAGCCUUUACCCCAUGACUGGAGAGACCAUCACUAUGAACAUGGAAAACAUUGGCCGUUGGCUCCUGGCUUCCCUGAACUCCCAUGAGACAAUGAAAGGAAUGCGUGUGAGAUUUCAGGAUGUCGAGUGCUACCGCGAUUACCAGUAUGAGUACAAUGACUUUGAAAAAAAUCUAGCAUUCACUCAGUGGAACCCUCCGAGCUUGGCUGAGAUCAAGGAGGAAGAGAAGAAGUCAAAAACUGAAAAAGAAAAGAAGCCAGUGGAGAUAGAUAUCUACACAGAUUUAUUUGCAGCAGAAUUGGGUAUUAGGUCUCGAAAGAACCAAUCUAAGAGCUCGAGUGCUGAGAUGCUGGACCUGUCUUUCCUCAACUAUGAUGUUGUUGAUGUCCCUGAUGGAGAUACAGAUAUUAUCCUUAAUAUGGCUAACAAAAAGCAUAAAGACAAGGACUCUAUACCGAAGCUGAAUGCACAAAAUGAGACAUUAUCUUCAAAAUGGAAAAAGUUGGAUGGACUGAAUAUUACAACACAAAAUUUGUUGAACCAAAGCAGUGAGAAUACAACACAUUUUCAGAUCAGUAGCACUCGUUUAACUUUAGACAAUUCUACCACAUCUAAAACAGAGAACACAACAGGUUUUCAUAGCUCGUAUACACUGGCAAAGAAUGAAACUAUUAUGACAAAAGCUAACAAUGCCACCAAUGCCACCAAUGCUACGACAUCAUCAAUGAUUGGAACUAUAACAACAGAAAUUAACAAUCUCACAGUAACAUUACAUGGAAAUUCAAGUUCUGUCUUGGAUGCUGAAGGAAUGAAUCUGACCCUAAAUGGGGAUAACCAGACUUUUAACAGUAAUAUCUUGGCAAAUAAAUCCAAGGAGAUACUUAUCAGAGGGGAUAUGUUCUCCGUCUCUGAGCCUCUAUCCAGUUUCUCCAAAAACAAUAUCCAUGAAACACCGAAUGGAAAUGUCACCCCCCUGUCACACAGAAAUGAAACAGCUGUUGAGAAUAACACAGCGACUACUCAUGCUAAUGUGUCAGCAGAUGGAACAAACCAUUCAUUACCUAUUCCAAUGACUGAUGUUGGAGAGGCUGAAAUCACAAACGUAAAUGGGCACAACUUAACCAUCUUUGAGUUGAAGGUAGAGAAAACUGGCAACCAAACCAAAGCUAAUGACUCUCUGAACACCGCUGAGGAGCUAGAGUAUGGACUCAAAGGGAACUCUUCUGAUAAUGCCAAUAUUUCAUCCAAUUCCAGCCUUGAAAGCAUAUUGCAUACUCGUGGGGAAAUUGUGCCCUUGCAGAAUGUAUCGAUGAAUAUAUCAAUCUCAAAUUCAUCAUUGGAAAUUAGUUUGGAGGGAAGGGGUAAUGUUACAGCUUAUCUUGACCAGUCGAACCAAACAACAUCUUCAUCUUCACAUAGUUUGUCCAAUGAGAUCAUGAUUCCGGGAAACCUAUCCCUCUCCAGGGAGGACAGUUCUGAGGAGCUAUUUUCCUCAGAAAGCAGUGAAGAAGUGGUUAUCUACCUUAAAGAAAAUGAUGCAACGGUGAUUAAAACAAAAUCUGUAAAGACGCAAGAGUACAACUGGACCUAUGACGGAACUCACCAAGUGGUACCAUUGGAGAUUCCUGAUGACCUGAUGAAGUAUUUAGGUAAAGAGGCCCCCAAAACAACAUCAACACCAAAAAAGACCAAGAAUGUCCGACAGAGACCCCAGAAGGGCCAAGGCAUGAAAACAAAGAGGAGGAAGGAAUACAAGCCUCAGCUAAGAAGUGGUUCACCAUUCUCUCCGCGAGGAUUCAAUCCAGACAUGACCCCACGUGGGGCACGACCAAGUGUACCUCAUCCUUUCUCUGUUGAGGAUGAACUCAUUAACCAGCCUGUCGUCAUCGGUGUGCCUAGGCCUGAUUUCAGUGACUAUGAGCUGUAUAUUCCUGGAGAUGAACCGGAUCAUCUAGGAAUGGAUGAUCUCGAUGUGAAAGCAGAUGAAUAUGAAUAUGUUGUCUACAAAGACCCCUACAGUGAUCAUGAAGACAUCAAGAAUCUCAACCUGGACGAGACAGCCAAGUACUACCUGAAAUUCACAGGCCCAAAUGUCAGAACUUAUUUCAUCGCUGCAGAAGAGGUUGAGUGGGACUACGCCGGCUACGGACAGAGGAGGCAAGACAGGUCACAACUUAAGAGCAGAGAGACGACGUUCACCAAGGUGGUUUUCCGAGGUUACUUGGACAGUAGUUUCAGCACCCCUGAAAUCAGAGGGGAGAUGGAUGAGCAUUUAGGCAUUCUUGGACCUGUCAUUAAGGCAGAGGUUGGACAAAGCAUAAUGGUGGUGUUCAGGAACAAUGCCAACCGUCCAUUUUCAUUACAUCCAAAUGGCGUCACCUAUACCAAACAAACAGAAGGUCUGUCCUAUGAGGAUGGCUCUAAGUACUGGUAUCAAUAUGACGAUGAGGUUAAGCCCAAUACCACCUUCACAUAUAUGUGGAAGGUCCCUUCUGCGGUUGGGCCAACACCAGACGAGUCUAACUGUCGGACCUGGGCCUACUAUUCAGGUGUUAACCCUGAAAAGGAUAUCAACUCUGGCUUGAUUGGGCCUCUGCUGGUGUGUCGAGAGGGAACACUGGACAACAAGUUACCAAACAUGAGGGAGUUCAUGUUGCUCUUCAUGACCUUUGAUGAAUCCCAGAGCUGGUACUACGAGAAUAACCGCGAGAGGAUCCAGAGGAAAAGUCGAAGGAGAACUAUGGUCCUCAACUUCAGGGAGGACCUCAAGUUCCAUUCCAUCAAUGGGAUUAUAUUCAACCUGAAAGGUCUGCGGAUGUACACCAACCAGCUUGUGGCUUGGCACCUGAUCAACAUGGGUUCUCCAAAAGACUUUCAGAGUGUCCACUUCCACGGACAGACGUUCCUCCACAAGAAGACCACCAGCUACAGACAAGCUGUGUACCCGCUGCUGCCUGGAAGCUUUGCUACUCUGGAGAUGUAUCCAUCCAAACCUGGCCUGUGGCAGCUGGAGACAGAAGUCGGCUUCAACCAACAGAAGGGCAUGCAGACCCUCUUUCUGGCUCUAGAUAAUGACUGUUACCGUCCGCUGGGUCUGGAGUCAGGCAGCGUGAAAGACGAACAGAUCACAGCAAUCAACACCAGAGGUUACUGGGAACCCCAUCUCGCCAGACUGAACAAUCAUGGCAAAUACAACGCCUGGAGCACAGAGCAGAACCACAGCUGGAUUCAGGUGGACUUCCAGCGGCCAGUUGUGAUCAGCCAGGUCGCCACGCAGGGAGCCAGACAGCUCUUCCAUUCCCAGUUUGUGGUCAGGUACUACAUCUCUUACAGCACGGACCGCAGGAACUGGAUCUUCUUUAAGGGCAACAGCAGGGACCUCAGGAAGUCGUUCACCGGGAACCAGGAAUCCCACGAGGUGAGCAAAAACAUCUUCUUUCCUCCUCUGAUUGGAAGGUUCAUCAGACUCCACCCUGUCAACUGGUACAGCAAGGGAACACUUCGCAUGGAGUUCUACGGCUGUGAGCUGGAUGGCUGCUCAGUGCCUCUGGGGAUGGAGACCGGACUCAUCGAAGACCAUCAAAUCACAGCCAGCUCCAGAGCCACCAGCUGGUACUCUGGACCCUGGAAACCCUCACUCGCACGUCUCAACAAACAGGGAACCAUCAACGCAUGGCAGGCAAAUUAUAACGACAUGAACCAGUGGCUUCAGGUGGAGCUGCCUCAGGUUAAAAAGAUCACAGGCAUCAUAACACAAGGAGCCAUGGCUCUGGGGAAACAGAUGUACGUCGUUUCCUACACUCUGCUGUACAGCGACAACGGGAUCCACUGGAACCAGUACACAGACGACGAGACUAUCUCCUCCAAGAUAUUCUUUGGAAAUACAGAUAACAACGACCACGUCAAGAACUACAUCUACCCUCCAAUUUUCUCCCGAUUCGUCCGGAUCGUUCCCAAAAGCUGGAUGGGCGCCAUCACUAUGCGGAUAGAACUCCUGGGCUGUGACUUUGAGUGAAACACACACACCUUUAAAACAACAUUAUGACAAUUCAGAGGGCUGUACUACUACGACACAAGAUCACUAAGUGAGUAAUGUUGAGCCCAAAGUGAGAGCUUACAGUUUUUUGUAGCGGUCUCGCUUUUCACCGGGCUGGAUCACCAUGACAACUCACUACUCUUUAUGUUCAAAGUUUCAGUUCUGAAAUCGUCUUUAUAAAGCAUCAGUCUUUCACUUAUUCUACCCAUAUCAGCAUUCUUCAAAAGAAUAUAUGCAACAUGUUACACACAUGUUUUAUUUUAUUUUAAAGGUCACAUAUUAUGCUAAAUACACUUCACCAUGUUUCUCCAACUCUAAUAUG